AUGGGCGGCGGCGGAGACAUGAGGAGCAAAGCCUCCUAUCCUAUUCUUGCACCCAAGCCUGUUGGCGUUCCCAAGGCCAGCAUUCUCAAGAAUCGAAUCGAACCAUUUUACAGAUCGGGCCAAUAUGACAAGGUCAACCUACUAGCCAACCUGUACAACGCGAGAUUCUCUGGCGAGCCCCAUGUCAAGAUAUACGUGUGGAGUGCUCCGAAUCAAGAUCGGCCUACGUUCAAGGAGGCGACUUCACAUGAAUACAAGGAGACGCAUGUUGGUGCUGCCUUUGGUCCCUCUUGGACAACCCACUGGUUCCGCCUGCACUUGGCGGUUCCUCGAGAAAUCCUCCACGAAGAGCUUCUCAUCUUGGAGUGGGACGCGAAUAAUGAAGGUCUCGUCUGGACCGAAGACGGUAUGCCCCUGCAAGGCCUUUCCGGUGGUGGCGAGCGUAUCGAAUGGAACCUGCCCGAGGCUUUCAGAGACGGCAAGGAGCAUGUAAUUUAUAUCGAAAUGGCCUGUAACGGCAUGUUUGGAAAUGCUCCCGGCGGAAAAGUCAGCAUUGCCCCUCCGGAUCAGAACAAGUAUUACGGCCUGAGCAAAGCCAAUAUUGCCGCCGUCAACGUGCCAGCCCGUAAGCUCCAAUUCGAUAUUUGGGAAAUCGGGGAUGCCGCUCGCGAGCUUCCCGAAGACUCGGCUGAACAGAACCACGCCCUCUCAGUCGCCAUGAGAAUCAUUGACACCUUCCAAGUCAACAAUCAAGAAUCCAUACUCGCGUGCAGGGAGAUUGCCAAGGAAAUCAUCGGUCCCGACGUGGACUCGCAUAAAGUGUACGAAGUGGGCAAAGACCCCGUCGUCUUUGGGAUCGGCCACUGCCACAUUGACAGCUGCUGGUUGUGGCCGUUUGCAGAAACAAAGCGUAAAGUAGCUAGAUCAUGGUCCAGCCAGUGCGACCUCAUGGACCGUUACCCAGAGGCUCAUUUCGCCUGUUCGCAGGCGCAGCAGUACAAGUGGCUGAAGCAGCUCUACCCCGGAGCUUUCGAACGCGUCAAGCGAAAGGUCAAUGAGGGUCAGUUUCAUCCCAUCGGUGGCAGCUGGGUCGAGCAUGACACCAACAUGCCAAGUGGCGAGUCUCUUGUUCGCCAGUUCUUCUAUGGCCAGCGGUUCUUCGAAGCCGAGUUUGGAGCUCGUUGCCGUACUUUUUGGUUACCGGAUACCUUUGGAUAUUCCAGUCAACUGCCCCAACUCUGUCGCCUGGCUGGCAUGGACCGCUUCAUGACGCAGAAACUGAGCUGGAACAACAUCAACAACUUCCCACAUACCACCUUCAUGUGGGUGAGCCCUGACGGAAGCCAAGUCAUGUGCCACAUGCCUCCCUCCGAGACGUACACGGCAGAGGCCGAUUUUGGCGACCUACGACGGAGCAUGAGCCAGCACAAGACGAUGCGCGUCGACAGUUCCUCGCUGCUGGUAUUCGGAAAGGGCGACGGUGGCGGCGGCCCGACCUGGCAGCACUUUGAGAAGUUGCGUAGAUGCGCUGGCAUCAGCAACACCGUGGGGAGCAUUCCCAAGCUCAAGCUCGGUCUCACCGUUGACGACUUCUUUGAGCGUCUCGCACCCAAGGCCGCCGAACUGCCGACCUGGUAUGGCGAGCUGUACUUUGAGCUUCACCGCGGCACCUACACCACACAAGCCAAUAACAAAAAGUUCAAUCGCAAGGCCGAGGUCAUGCUGAGAGACAUUGAGCAAUUAGCCACCGUCAUCUCCAUUGACAACUCAUCCUACAAGUACCCAUCGGCAGAAAUCGAUGGCAUGUGGGAAAGGGUUCUGUUAUGUCAGUUCCACGACUGUCUUCCAGGCAGCUCCAUCGAGAUGUGCUACGAUGAAUCGAACAAGUUCUAUGCCGAGGUUUUCAGCACCGGCGAGAAACUGCUCAAGGAAAUCUACAGUUUCUUUGGUGCAUCUACAACAAAGUCCAACUACGUCCAUGAAUCAGUCGUCGUCAACACUCUACCGUGGCAUCGCAAGGAGAUUGUCGACAUAUCCGACUCGGAAGUCGGCGUUGCUUGCGGAGAUGGCCAAAUACUCAAGGUGCACAGCUUCAAGGUCCAAGAGGACAAACCGGCCGUCACUGUCGCUGCAACAGGCAAUGCCUACGUAUUGCAAAAUGACCAGCUUCGCGUCGUGGUAGAAAAUGGCUGCAUCGCAUCCCUGUAUGAUGUCGUCAAUGACCGAGAAGUUAUAGAGCCAGGUGGGCAAGCAAACAAGUUUGUCAUCUUUGAUGACAUCCCUCUCUUCUGGCAAGCAUGGGACGUCGAGGUUUACCAUCUGGAGACUCGGAAAGAGCUCAAGUAUGGCCAGACCAGGAUUCACGAGAAUAAACCCCACCGCGUGACGCUGGUCACAGACAUUGAGAUUAGCGACGAGAGCUCUCUCAAGUCGUACAUUUCCUUGUCGGCGGCUUUGAAGGGCCAACCGUCCCAGGUGGACUGUUUUGCCGAGGUUGACUGGCAUGAAAACGCCAAGUUUCUCAAGGUCGAGUUUCCCGUCAAUGUCGUGAAUACCGAAGCCUCGUACGAAACGGCGUACAGCAUCACCAAACGACCGACACACUACAACACAAGCUGGGACAUGGCCAAGUUUGAAGUCUGCUGCCACCGGUUCGCCGACCUCUCCGAGCACAACUACGGCGUGUCGAUUCUCAACGACAGCAAGUACGGCUUUGCCACGGCCGGCAAGAUCAUGCGCUUGUCCCUUGUCCGCGCCCCCAAGGCCCCCGACGAGCAUGCAGACAUGGGUCGACACAGCAUUCGCUGGGCCAUCUUCCCGCACAAGGGAUCCCUGUCCUCGGCAACGGUCAGGGCCGCCUACGCUUUCAACAACCCCCUCAAGUUGCUGUCCGCCCCCUCGACGGCCGUGUUCAAAGCGCCCAUCGAGCUCGUCAACAAGGACGAGUCAAACUCUUUGGUUCUCGACACCAUCAAGCGCGGCCACGACGACGACGAUGUCAGCCUCCGUGAGGGCCUGCGGGUGAACAAGGGACAGAGCAUCAUCUUGCGCGUGUAUGAGUCUCUGGGCGGCCAUAGCAGGGGCACGAUCAAGGUGGCGUAUCGAGUAAAGCGCGUGAGCAAGACGAGCAUCCUGGAGGACGAGCUGGAAGCCGUGGAGCUCGGCGACGGACAGUUUGACAUUGCGUUGAGACCAUUCGAGGUGGCCACGUACAAGCUCCAGCUCUAG